AUGUACGUGUUGUUACAAAACGAAGAUACGCGUUUUUUUUUUCUUAACUAGAUAAACCUGAAUUUUCUUGUUUUAAGAAAAAAAAAAUAAUUUUAAGAGUUACAGACAAUCUGUAUGAAUUCCGAGUUAUUUUAACUUAAACAAGAAUUUAUUAAUUUAAAUAUUCGAUUUCAGUUUGUGCCACGGUUUAUUUGAAAAACAUGAAAAAUAUUUAAAAGAAAUAUAUAAUAAAUACACACAUAAGUAUAUAUUAAAAAAUAAAACGAAAUUCGCCCUCAACUCGGUCGAAAUGAUUUUUGAUAUGCAUAUUUGUGUAUACCAUUGAUACAAAAUGUGGAAAUGCCUUAAAAAUGUUUUAAAAAAAUCAUCUUGAAUGUUUAGAAAAAAUUCUAUAAAUUAUAUUUAUUAUAUUAAAAUACUGUGUUAAAGUUUAAUAAUUUCAAAAAGGAAAAAAAGAAAAAAAAAAAAAAAAACAACUAAUAAAAACGCCGAUAUUACACACCCAUCAUAAUACACACAGUUGUAUAAUUGAUUUACUACACAGAAGACAAAGAAGAAGAAAAAUAAAGUUGAAAAACAACAACUUUAAAAUUUCGAUAUUUGGAAAUUUAUACGACGAACUGUAGCCAACCAUCCAACUAACAACCUUAUGACGAACACUCGUCUCUCUCCCUCUUUCUCAUAAGCAAUCUUUCUUUAUUAUUAGUUAUUGGGUAUUUUUUUGUCGCCACUAAAUUAUUAAUCCUCGAUGUUCAUCGACGCGUACCUAAGGGCAUUUUUAAAAACAUCAAAAAGAAUAAUUAAAAAACACUCCGGAUAACAUUUGCUUUCUUUCUGUGCUACCACCAUUAAAUUUACUACACUUGGCAUUCCCAGGCAACGAUCGAUACUCGACAGCUACCUACUUGUAAACACCAGACACAUCGAGCGGAUCUUCAAAUCUCUCAUUUUCUACUUAGUGUCUUUUGUUUUCUUUUCCCUCCUACACUCGUUGCAUCUCUCUCGCUUGUUAUAUUUUCUCGUUUGCUCUCACUCUUUACAUUUUACUUCAACGUUAUUGUCGAACAAUUAAAGUGAGAGCACAAGGGCUUGUUUUUAAAUUCGAUGUAUAAGUGUGGUAACAAUAAUUAAAUUAUUAAUGUUCAAUUAUGACACAUUAUCAACCCCCAUUGCGGUGUAAAGGUGGAACGAGGCGUAACUGGUCAACUUCGGAUCAAAAAAGACCAUUUUUUCGAAAAUUACUCGGUUUUACAUUAGUAUUGUCAUGUACACUGCUAUCGAUAUCAGCAGAACCUUUUGGAGGAGCAUCAGUUGGAAUACAUAUACCGGGAGGCAGUUUAGGUACAAUUAGUGAAUCUCGUUGUCCCCGUGUAUGUUCAUGCAAUGGAUUAACUGUGGAUUGUUCACAUCGAGGACUCACACAGGUGCCUCGUAAAAUAUCGGCCGAUGUUGAAAGAUUAGACUUGCAAGGAAAUAAUAUAACUGUGAUUUUUGAGUCUGAUUUCCAAAGGUUGACCAAACUAAGAAUAUUGCAGUUGACCGACAACCAUAUACACACUAUAGAGAAAGGCUCCUUACAAGAUCUAAUUUCAUUGGAAAGACUACGCCUUAACAACAAUCGACUAAAGGCAAUACCUGAUAACUUUGUUACAAGUUCAGCGAGUCUUUUGCGAUUAGACAUAUCACACAAUGCAAUUACCACGGUUGGCCGCCGAGUUUUUAAGGGAGCACAAUCUUUGCGAAGCCUACAAAUUGAUAAUAACCAAAUAACCUGUAUGGAUGAACAUGCAUUCAAGGGUCUGGUUGAUCUUGAGAUACUCACUCUCAACAAUAAUAAUCUGACAACAUUACCUCACAACAUAUUCAGUGGGUUGAGCAGACUGCGAGCAUUACGGUUAUCGGACAAUCCAUUAUCCUGUGAUUGUCAUCUAUCAUGGCUGUCGCGAUUUUUACGCGGUGCACCACGGUUGGCACCAUACACAAGAUGCCAAUCACCAUCACAACUAAAGGGUCAAAACGUUGCAGAUUUACAUGAUCAAGAAUUUAAAUGUUCAGGCCUUACUGAAAAUGCACCUUUGGAAUGUGGCCUUGAAAAUAGUUGCCCUCAUCCAUGCCGAUGUGCAGACGGAAUAGUGGACUGUCGGGAAAAAAGUCUCACUAGUGUUCCAGCAACAUUACCAGACGACACAACAGAAUUACGUUUGGAGCAAAAUUUUAUUACGGAACUACCUUCAAAAGCUUUUGCGAAUUUUAGACGUUUACGGCGAAUUGACUUAUCCAAUAAUAAUAUCUCAAGAAUAUCACACGAUGCAUUAAGCGGUUUAAAAUCAUUAACAACACUUGUUCUCUAUGGUAACAAAAUUAAGGAUUUACCAUCUGGUGUUUUCAAGGGACUUACAUCCCUUCAAUUGCUACUUCUUAACGCCAAUGAAAUUUCCUGCAUACGUAAGGAUGCAUUCCGAGACCUGCACAGUCUGAGUUUACUUUCAUUAUAUGAUAACAACAUUCAGACUUUAGCAAAUGGAACUUUUGAUGCAAUGAAGAGUAUUCAAACACUGCACUUAGCAAAAAAUCCUUUUGUAUGCGAUUGCAAUCUUAGAUGGUUAGCCGACUACUUGCACAAAAAUCCUAUUGAAACAAGUGGUGCUCGAUGUGAAUCGCCAAAACGUAUGCAUCGUCGACGGAUUGAAACCUUACGAGAUGAAAAAUUCAAGUGUUCUUGGGAUGAGAUGAGAAUAAAACUUUCUGGAGAGUGUCGCAUGGAAACAGAUUGCCCUUCAAUGUGCCAGUGUGAUGGUACAGUUGUUGAUUGCUCUGGCCGUGGCCUAAAAGAAAUUCCACGCGAUAUUCCAUUACAUACUACAGAGUUGCUACUUAAUGACAACGAAUUGGGAAGAAUUAAGUCUGAUGGAUUGUUUGGACGUCUACCACAUUUGAUAAAGUUAGAUUUGAAGCGAAAUCAAAUUAUAGCUAUCGAAACAAAUGCCUUUGAGGGAGCGUCCCGGAUUCAAGAUCUUCAACUAGCCGAGAACAAAAUAAAAGAAAUUUCGAACAAAAUGUUUUUCGGUUUACAUCAACUUAAAACCUUAAACUUAUACGACAAUCAAAUAUCGUGUGUAAUGCCUGGAUCAUUUGAAUUUCUAACGUCGCUAACCACACUCAAUUUGGCUUCAAAUCCUUUUAAUUGUAACUGUCAUUUGGCAUGGUUUUCUGAUUGGCUGCGUAAGAAGGCGUUGAACGGUGGAGCUGCACGAUGCGUAGCGCCUUCUAAAGUACGCGAUGUACAAAUAAAGGAUUUGCCACACAAUGAGUUCAAAUGCACAUCUGAUAAUAACGACGGGUGCUUGGGAGAAGACUAUUGCCCUCCCAUGUGUACAUGCACUGGCACCGUUGUACGAUGCUCUCGUAAUAAUUUAACAGAAAUUCCUCGAGGAUUACCAAGUGAAACAUCUGAGCUGUAUCUAGAGUCAAAUGAAAUAACAAUGAUACACCAAGAUCGUAUACGUCAUUUGAAAUCACUUGCCCGGUUAGACUUGAGUAACAAUCAGAUAACCAUGCUUUCGGACUACACUUUUGCCAACCUUACAAAGCUUUCCACAUUAAUAAUAUCGUACAACAAUUUACAAUGUUUACAACGAAAUGCGUUAGCUGGACUAAGCAAUCUGCGUGUACUUUCUUUACAUGGAAAUCAAAUUUCAAUGAUGCCAGAAGGUUCUUUUCAAGACCUUAAAUCUUUGACUCAUAUUGCUCUUGGUAACAAUCCAUUGUACUGUGACUGUUCCCUCAAGUGGUUCUCAGAUUGGAUAAAACUUGACUAUGUCGAGCCAGGAAUUGCGAGAUGCUCAGAGCCGGAAUAUAUGAAAGAUAAACUUAUUCUUUCAACACCAUCCCACAAUUUUGUGUGUAAAGGCAAAGUUAAUAAUGAUAUAUUGGCCAAAUGCGAUGCCUGUUUUACUUAUCCUUGUCAAAAUAAAGCAAAAUGUGUAUCCUUACCCCAAAGGGAUUAUCAAUGCCUCUGCCAGCCUGGUUUUCAUGGCAAACAUUGUGAAUUUAUGAUUGAUGCUUGCUACGGAAAUCCAUGUAGAAACAAUGCAACCUGCACCGUUUUAGAGGAAGGCCGUUUUAGUUGUCAAUGUGCCCCUGGUUAUACGGGAGCUCGCUGUGAAACUAACAUAGACGAUUGUUUAGGCUCAAUAAAGUGUCAAAAUAACGCAACCUGCAUUGAUGGCAUUGAAUCAUAUACGUGUGAAUGCCAACCAGGAUUCACCGGAGAAUUUUGCGAUACUAAAAUAAAGUUUUGCAGUGAAGAUUUUAAUCCAUGUGCCAAUGGUGCUACAUGUCAAGACCACUUUACACAUUACUCAUGCGAUUGUAUGCCAGGUUUUCAUGGAAUUAAUUGUACCGACAAUAUUGAUGAUUGCCAAAAUCACAUUUGUAAAAAUGGUGGUACUUGCAUAGACGGAAUUAACGAUUAUAUUUGCAUGUGUCCCGAAGACUUUACGGGAAAAUACUGUGAGGGUCACAAUAUGGUAUCCAUGAUGUAUCCUCAAACUUCACCCUGUCAAAACCAUGAGUGCAAACACGGGGUAUGUUUUCAACCAAAUCCAGCUGGAUCUGAUUAUUUGUGCAAGUGUCAUCCUGGAUACACUGGAAAAUGGUGUGAAUAUUUAACGAGUAUCAGUUUUGUACAUAAUAACUCAUUUGUGGAGAUGGAACCAUUGCGAACAAAACCCGAGGCGAAUGUUACAAUUGUUUUUAGCACAACUGAACAGAACGGCAUUCUAAUGUACGAUGGUCAAGAUGCGCAUUGGGCUGUUGAACUCUUUAAUGGUAGAAUACGUGUUAGUUAUGAUGUUGGAAAUUAUCCUGUCUCAACUAUGUACAGCUUUGAAAUGGUGGCCGACGGCAAAUAUCAUUUAGUUGAACUCCUUUCUAUUAAAAAGAACUUUACAUUACGUGUAGAUCGAGGGCUUGCUAGGUCUAUUAUUAAUGAUGGAUCUAAUGAAUACCUUAAACUUACAACACCGCUCUAUUUAGGUGGCUUACCUUUUGAGCCAGCCCAACAAGCGUACAAAAAUUGGCAACUUCGAAAUCUGACAAGUUUUAAAGGAUGCAUGAAAGAAGUCUGGAUUAAUCACAAAUUGGUUGAUUUUGAAAAUGCAGCGCGACAGCAAAAAAUUACUCCUGGAUGUGCAUUGUUAGAAGAAGAGAAUACUGAACUUGAUGAUGAACGAGAUUUCAUGGACGAAACGCCUCAUACUAGCAAAGAAGUUGAUCCAUGCGAAAAUAACAAAUGUCGACGAGGAAGUCGUUGUGUCCCCAAUUUAAGCUCUCGUGAUGGUUAUCAAUGCAAAUGUAAGCACGGACAAAGAGGAAGAUAUUGUGAUCAAGGUGAGGGCACUACCACCGUCGAGCCCCCAACAAACACUGUUGCUUCAACUUGCCGAAAGGAGCAGGUUCGAGAAUAUUAUACGGAAAACGAUUGUAGAUCUCGCCAGCCACUCAAGUACGCAAAGUGUGUGGGAGGAUGCGGUAAUCAAUGUUGUGCUGCAAAAAUCGUUCGAAGACGAAAGGUGCGCAUGGUAUGCAGCAAUAAUAGAAAGUAUAUUAAAAAUCUUGACAUUGUAAGAAAAUGUGGAUGCACAAAGAAGUGCUACUGACUGAAAGAUGCGACUACCCAAUUGCAUAACAGCAGCUUAGAUACAAAUUUAGAACAACGUAAAAAUGUCACCAUUUUAAAUAAUAGUUAUUAUGUUAAUAAAAUUAAUAUUAGUAAUAGUAGUAGUAGUAGUAGUAGUAAUAGUAAUAAUAGUUUUAGUGAUGUUAUUAAGGUAACAGAAAAUCUAUUUAAUUUAUUUACUAAAAGUAAAAUAGGGGAAACGUCAAGUGCAAAUGUUCAAAAAGACAUCAACAGCCAGAGGGCAAAUAUUAAUGAUUAUGUAAACGAAUAUGAGACUGAAGACAACGACGACAACGAAGACAGUUAUGAAAGCGAUGAGCAUCACGAACGCAUGCAACUUAAUCCAAGUACUGACUAUUACGAUGACGAGGAAGAUGAUAUGUAUUCCGAUAUAUAUGAGGACGAUGACGUAGAAGACGAGCCAGAAUUGUUGCCAGAAGCAAAAGAAUUAGUGCAAUUAUCUAUCAAUGAUAGAACAAAAACAGAUGACGACGAAGAAGAUAUGGGUUAUGAUGAAGAUGACGAACGUAUAGCAAUUGCCGUAGAGCGACCUAAAGAACUACGCUCUCGUGUUAACAUUAAUAGCGAUUUUUCAAAUGGAGAAGGAAGUGGAAGCAGCUCAUAUAAGGCUAAAACAAAUGAUAGAUUAAGAUUUGAUUAUAUGAAUUCAUUCCGUCGAAAACAACAAAAGUUGUUUACCGAUGAUAGUGCUCAUAGUGAAGUGGGAGUUGUUCCAUCGGAAGUUGAUUUGCGAGAAAGCAGUGGCAAUUUUGCUAACGAUGAUGAAGAUAAUGAUGACGACAGCGAUGACGACGAUGAUAGCGAUGGGUUCUUCAACUCGAAACGGAAAUCAAAUAGUCGUUACUUUAGAAAAAACACAAACGAUGCAAUAAAGAUUAUAUCUACGCCUUUGGGUAAAGUUGGUAUUGUAUAUCAACAAACUCCAACGCAGGUUGAUGAUAAAGGUAGCGAAAAUGUGGAUAAAAAAUCAACAUCGUUCACCGACUUUGAUGCCCUGUCGCCAGACCCAGAGAGCAGUCAUCGUUUGGCGUCUUCUCAUCCGAAAAUUACACCCGUCUUAACACCCGAUGGCAAGGUUGCCCUGCUUUACCGCGGCGACUCUGAAAACUCCAAAUAUGAACCAAUUCGAAAUCUUACAAGCCACAAAUUCAAUAAGCUCGGUGAUUCUAAUUCCGAUAGAAAAACUGUUAGUAGUAGUUCAGCUAACAUUGAUUCUAGUGGUAGCAGUGAGUACAGCGAUGCUGAUUCCACGGCAGAAUUGGACGAUUCAGAUUCGGAUCCUAAAAUCUCAACAACUAAUAACAUUAAGAAUAAUAACGAUAACAAAAUGACGACAGAAGAACAGGCUGCAAUUUUGCCAGCCCCCGAUGCUGUUCCCACAACCGGAUCCUUUAUUAUUAGGCCAACUGAUUCGGUUUUGCCCAUGAUAAACCGACCGCUGUCUGAAGUUUUGGGUAUAAAAAAGAAUCAGUUUAAACAGUUUAGGAUUAAGGACACGUCCACGACAACAGAAGCAGCAUCAGGGUCAUUGGCUGCAGUUAAUAUGGACAAUUCAGAUACAAAUACAUUGCAUUUCCUUACAAAAGUCAAUUUGGCCGACUAUCCCACAUCGUCACGUACACGAAACUAUGAUUUUGACUUUAGCCGUGACAACACAAUGCUUGAUGAACGUUCACGCAAUAAGGAACAGCAAACAAAAUCAGAUAUCAACAGCAAUCAACAAAUGGUUGGCACGAAUGAGCCAAUGAACGAAGAAAUUUUGUCAAAGACAGAAGUUGUAAACUUGGCUAUCAUUCCACAUUUUGAUGAAGAGCUCGAACGUCUCCAAAGAUUGCGAGAAUAUGAAGAGCGACGUCAUCAUCGACAACGACACCGGCAAAAACAGAACGAAGAGGAUUUAUCCGGCAUACACUGCAUCAUGCAGGCCAUGAUGGGUAUUGCAGCAAUAUCAACCGUAUUUGGUAUGCUCGGUACAUUUUUCAAACAACGUAUACUAGAUCAAUUACGCUUAAUGCACUGGUAGUACAACACGGGUAUUCGAUUGUUUAUUUUUCCACAAUUGAAUACCCCUCACGCCUCAGUUGUUAAUAUUAAUAUUGCCGUUGAUGCUCUGUUUACGCUUCUCCCAGGAAAAAAUUCUUCAUUAAAGACGAUUUUCUUUUUUUAAAGAACAACUUCAUACAUACUAACUAGUAGCACAAUUACAAAAUCUAUAAUAAUAACAAUUACAUGUAUUAAAAAUUAACGAAAAACUGGUACACAUUUCUAUUUGCAAUACAAUUUUGAACUAUUUGUAAAAAAAAAAUAAUCUACACUUGCUGGAUUUUAUUUCAAAAAUCUUAUUUUUAAAAUUAUUUUUAAUUAUAUUAUAUACAUGGAAAAUCAUACUAACAUCUAUCAGCAUGCACAUAUGCACAAAACAUACGUACAUACAUACUUACAUUCAUUCAUACAUAUACUAAAUAGAAAGUGCGAGAUCGGUAUGACUCAUAAACUAGCAAUAAUACAAUUGCAUAUAUAAUCUUUUGUGACUAACAAAUAACUAAUUAAACUAUUACAAACUUAAUUUACUAACAUACUUAACCUACGUACAUACAUAUUUACGAGCGAAACAAUUAUACAUAUAAAACGUAUAUAUACAUACUAUAUUCAAAUUCAGAUUAUGUGGAAGCUACCCAGAAGUAAUCGUAUAUAAAUAUAUAUAUGGCAUUCAUAUGUACAUAUGUAUAUUAGGGGGUUUUUAUGAAAAUAUUAACAUCGAUAUAAAUAUUAGCUAAACUGUAUAAAUUUUAUUCAAAUUUUAACUAUAUUAAUUAUAUUAAUCAUAUUUAUAAAAGUUUAAAAUUACUUUUGAAACAUGUAAAGUGAAAUAUUGUGUUGAUUAGAGUAAUUUGAUUAAUUUCAAGAUAAAAGCGUUGAGUCCCAUACAAAUUUUAUGAAAACACAAACAAUUUACAAGUAACGCUUCACUCAACGCUUUUAUUUGGGUAUGGCAGUAAACAAAAAAUUUCCCCAAUGUCUGAUUAUUUUUAUCUUUACGACAAAUUUACAUUUUUCAUACAAAACUUAUUUUAGCCGGAAGAAUAUCUAAUGGUUAAACGAUAAAAUUCUUACAUUCCAUUUCUACAAAUGGUCGGUUUUUCCCACUCUGAAAGCAGAAAAAUUAAAAACUUCUAAUUUGUUUUGUUUAAAAUUAAAUCAGUUGGUUCAGUUUUUAAAUAUGUGCGGGCACAUGCAAAUUUUAUUAUUAAAAUUUAUUUAUGGGAUUGAGAAAAAGGUUUAGUAAAAUUUCUUUAUAUGUGCUAACAUCCCAAACAAAUUAAAUUUUACUAAAUUAAUAACUAUGCUUUUUUAUAUAUUUUUUCAUAGAUUUAAAUUAGCGAAUGUAGAAAGUUGGAGUUAAUAGCCAUACAUUUUAAAAUACUUCACAACAUGUUUCUGUUCGAAUUUUCCCUAAAUAUAGAAAAUAAAACUUAACAAGUAUAUUAAAGAUCCAUGCUCCUUGAAAUUAAUAAAAUAUUAAUAAUAAAAACACCCUAAUGUAUGCGUACGUAGAAUAUCUGCAGGAAAUGAUGUUAUGGAAAUACUCAGUAUUUUAUUUUUAUUUAACACGUGCACUUAAGUUUUCAUUUAUGCAUUUAUGAAAAUAUUUUAAAAUUUUCCCCCAUCCAAUUGAUCACCUUAUUAAAAAAAUAAAUAAAAAUUGUUGACUUUGUCAAUUACGUAAAUUGCAAAGAUAUUUUACAUAGAGUUAUAUGUAGAAAAUAAUUGAAAAACAUUUCAUUUACCAAGACCUCAAAACUUUGAAAAGAUAUAUCUUAAUCUCGUAAGGACCGCUAUUAUAGUUCACCUUAAGGGAAAAAUUUUUCUAAGUAUACAAAGUACUGACACGAAAUUAAUGUAUUUAAGCCAUCCAUAUUAAGGUGCUGUUUCUAGAUAGCAAGCAACAUUUUGGGUUACAUUUUUUUUGUAUUUUGUUAUUGUAACAAAAACAAAAUAAAUUUAAAAUUUUUACUCAAAGUACUCGCACGUUAUAUGGAAACUACACAUAAGGUUUAAAUUUUAAACUUAGAAAGUUUCAAAAUUGAGUUAAUAUUACGUAUUUCAAUUUAUUUUAAAAUGUUGUUAUAUCCUUUACAUUUAAUCAGGUUAUUUAAAUAACAAUUUUUCCCACGUUUGUUCUCUAAAAUAUAUGUAGGUCUCAUGGAAAACAAAAUGUUUUAAGAAUUGGCCUGAUUCACAUACUAUGCUGUGGUGUCCGAUCGAAUCCGAACAUCGAUCAAUUUGGUCGAACUUUUAUUGAAAAACUAAUGAAUUUGAAGUCAUAAUAACGUUUAGAGUAAAUAAAUAUUUCAUAUUCUUGAUAAUAUAAUUAACCAAUCGCAGAUGAUUUGCAAAAUCAUUGGUCGGGCACACAUGAUAGUAUUGUCAACGGAUAAUUCUUCGAGCAAAUUCGUUCAAUAAUAAGAACAUAAAUUGAAUCAGUUACAUUUUUACAGGUAAAUUGAAACAUUAUUAAAUUACGGUGAUAUUGUUCAUUUAAGCACAAAUAUUCACAAUGCACAUUCCAUCCCACAAGAUUAAAAAAAACAAAUACAUAGAUAAUAUUAAUGAAAAGAAACCAAAAAACAAAGAGUACCGAAUAAAACUAUACUAAAGUAAUCCCUCUGAAGACAAUUGACAAAGAAAUCUGAAGAAAAAACUUAGCCCUUUUAAUGGACAUUUGACAAACAAAUCUGACCACAUAAAACCUUGUUGAUUCCCCUGAACCUAUUCAAAAUUGAAUAUGUUUAUUGAACUGUAUUUUUUAUACAAACCAACUAAAUUUAAACAUACAUUCAUUUGUAUAUUUAUAUAUAGGUAUAUAUAUAUACACACACACAUAUUUACAAUAAGUGUGUAUGUUUAAUUAAACUACAAUAAGAAUUUUUAAAUAUUUAUUAACGAAUUUUACAACAGAUCGUUGCAAAAUAAUUAAGAUUAAAAAAAGCUCAAUGGUGAACUUUAAAUAUACAUAUAUAAAUAACAAACAAUAAUGAAACGAAUUAACAUCUAAGCUGGGUAGUCGCAUGUAAAAAUAUAUACAUACAAAACUAAAUAUAUUUAUUAAAUUUAGUCUUAAGUGAUUCUUAUUAACUACAAAUAUUAUACAAUAAAAUAAAAUACCUACAUAAAUAUUUUUAAUAAGUUAGAUUAAGCAAAAACAAGUCCCUCCUCCCUCAUCACAAAAAAACCAUUCCUACAGUCGUCCCUUCUUUAAGUGCAAACAAUGUGACUCAAUCAAACCUAAAAGAAGAAAAACAAUUGAACGAUGAAGUUUAGUGAUUUAAGCUUAAAUAAAUACAUACAUACAUAUAUGUAUUUAUUUAAACAAAAGAUCUUAAUUUCUUUAUAUGUACAAUAGUUCGACGUUUUUGCUCUUACAAACGUCAUGUAAGAUUAAAUAAAUAUUCGCUGAUUCGCUGACGAUAGUAGUUGUUAAAUUUAUGACAAAAAUGUUCUAAUGCCAUAUUCUUACCAUUUUUACCAAAAUAUAUAAUAAAAUGUUAAUUUUGUGAUAUUGAAAGGCAACAGUUACUCUCAACACAGCCUAUAAUCUUUAUACAUUAAUUUGGUUGUCAGAACAAUAUUGCUAACAAACUAGUGCUAAAGUAUUUUAUAUUAAAAUUUAGUGUUAUCCAAUAAAAGGAAAUUAAAAGGCUAAGAUUGUCACAUAAGUUUGCACUAACAUGUAAAAUUAUUUUUAUUUUUUUUUCUAUUGAAAACAAAAAAUGUUAUUUUUUAAGUGUAACUUAAAAAAACAUUUAAAGAUAAGAGAAAAUAGUGUGAAUAUUAUUCACUUACAUACAUAGUACAUUCAUGCAUAAAUUGAUUUCCGGGGUCAUUUAUUGUUUUUGUUUUUAUUGCUUUAAUCUUAAAUUAAUUAUCCAUAUUUUGUUGGUUUUUCAUCCAUCUUUAUUAUAAAUAAAUGUACAAUAAUAUUAUAAUUAUAAAAAUCACAUAUAAAAAAUAUUAUAUAAUAAAUUAAUGCAUAUGUAUUUGUAUAAAAUUUUGUUUUUAUCUACUGUAUGUAACUAACUUUAUUCUAAUAUCUAUGUAUCCAUUAAUAAAAAAUAAUUUAUCAAAUGUGUCGAAAUAAAAAAACGUCAAAAUCGA